AUGGCCAAGACCGACCAGAAGGCCUGCCUGAUCGUGAUUGAUGGCUGGGGUGUUCCCGGCGCCGAGUCCCCCAAGGAUGGCGACGCCAUCACCAACGCAAACACCCCCGUCAUGGACGACUUCGCCAAGAGCAGCACCGGCUACUGCGAGCUCGACGCCUCCUCCCUCGCCGUCGGUCUGCCCGAGGGUCUGAUGGGCAACUCUGAGGUCGGACAUUUGAACAUUGGCGCCGGCCGUGUCGUCUGGCAGGACGUCGUCCGCAUCGACCAGACCAUCAAGAACGGCCAGCUCCCCGACAACGCUGUUAUCAAGAAGACCUUCGAGAGCGCCAAGAACGGCAACGGCAGACUGCACCUGUGCGGUCUCGUCUCUCACGGCGGUGUUCACUCCAAGCAGGAGCACCUCUACAACCUCCUCAAGGCCGCCAAGCAGUAUGGCGUCCCCGAGGUCUACAUCCACUUCUUCGGUGACGGCCGCGACACCGACCCCAAGUCCGGCGCCGGCUACAUGGAGGAGCUUGUCAAGACCGCAAAGGAGAUUGGCAUCGGCAAGAUCGCCACCGUUGUUGGCCGCUACUACGCCAUGGACCGCGACAAGAGAUGGGAGCGUGUCGAGCUCGCCCUCAAGGGCAUGAUCCUCGGCGAGGGCGAGGAGAGCACCGACCCCGUCGCGACCGUCAAGGAGCGCUACGCCCGCGGCGGUGACAAGGACAAGGACGAGUUCCUCACCCCCAUCAUCGUCGGUGGCCAGGAAGGCCGCAUCAAGGACGACGACACCGUCUUCUUCUUCAACUACCGCUCCGACCGUGUUCGCCAGAUCACCCAGCUUCUCGGCGACGUCGACCGCUCCGUCCUCCCCGACUUCCCCUACCCCAAGAUCAACAAGUUGGUCACCAUGACCCAGUACAAGACCGACUACCCCUUCGAGAUCGCCUUCGAGCCCCAGCGCAUGGGCAACGUUCUCGCCGAGUGGCUCGGCAAGCAGCAAGUUGAGCAGGUCCACAUCGCCGAGACGGAGAAGUACGCCCACGUCACCUUCUUCUUCAACGGCGGUGUCGAGAAGGUCUUCGCCCUCGAGACCCGUGACGAGAAGCAGGAUCUCGUCCCCUCCAACAAGUCCGUCGCCACCUACGACAAGGCCCCCGAGAUGUCCGCGGACGGUGUCGCCAACCAGGUCGCCAAGCGUCUCGGCGAGCAAAAGUUCCCCUUCGUCAUGAACAACUUCGCGCCCCCCGACAUGGUCGGCCACACGGGCGUGUACGAGGCCGCCAUCGUCGGUGUCGAGGCCACCGACAAGGCCAUCGGCAAGAUCUACGAGGCCUGCAAGAAGGAGGGCUACAUCCUCUUCAUCACCGCCGACCACGGCAACGCUGAGGAGAUGAAGUUCGCCGACGGCAAGCCCAAGACGUCGCACACCACCAACAAGGUCCCCUUCAUCAUGGCCAACGCCCCCGAGGGCUGGAGCCUCAAGAAGGAGGGCGGUGUCCUCGGUGACGUCGCUCCUACCGUCCUCGCCGCCAUGGGCCUGCCCCAGCCUGAGGAGAUGACUGGUGCGAACUUGCUGACCAAGGCAUAA